UAUCAGUUACUUUUAAGCUAUAUGUGAACAUAAGUAUUCCUUCAACGAAAUGAAGCUGUUUUUAUUUUUGAUAUUAUCAUCGUUCUAUACAUCAUCGUUCGCAACACUUGGCCACGUAAUAUACAAUUUAAAACGAUUCAAACUGACCAGUGGUCCAGAUAUCUCUGAGUAUCAAGCCUUCAAGUCGUUGAUGCUCCAGUUUGAAACAAAAGCGAACAUAACCGAUCCAACAACAAAAUGGUACGAAAUAUUAGAAAAGGUGCUUCUUCUUCCAUUCGAUGACAUUAUGAAAUAUUUGGAAAAAACGCGACCACUUUGGAUCGAUCAAUUGGCCAAUGGAUACAUAACAAAUGCGGAAGAAUUGAGGAAUAAUUUUCCGGCUGGUGAAACCAGUACAGCUCCUCAAUAUUCAGUAAAACAACAAAUCGAUUCAAUUAAUGAUGGUCACAGUAAAAUUGAAGCAACUUUGCAUUUGGUUAGGUUGGGAUUGGCAGAUCCAAAAAUUGGACACAUUGAGGGGUUCGAAAAAGCGUAUAAAAAAUUCGAAAAAAAGAAAAUCAACGAUAAGUAUUUGGACAAAAUUCAGAAAGAAUUACCAUCGUUGAAAGCGGCACAUGAUGAACUUUCCAACAAAAUAACUAGCCAACUGGAUACUUUUGUUGCAAUGAGAGACGCUUAUAUGGAUAAGUUAGAUGCAAUACAUAAUAAAAACGAGGUUUCUUUUUCCAAUGCACUAACUCAGAUUAAGGAGGCACAGGACUUCUUUUUGGCUCCUCUUUACCAAUUAUCAAAAGAUGUUAAUGCAUGCGUCGCGGAAGCUUUAAAGUGUGCAGAGCUUGUGAUGGAAACGAAAAAUCUUCAUUUUAAUCCAACCAUCUAUGAAAAAAAACUAAAAGAUAAGGCAGAAAAAGAAAAGAAAGAAGCAGAAAAGCAGGCAGAAAAAAAAAGAAAAGCAGCUGAAAAGGCACAAAAGAAAAAGCCUUAAACGAAAUGAGGUAGCCGGUUUUUGUCUUUGAAAUUAAAACCUUUUUUUGUGUUAAACCUGUAUGUUCAUUCCAAUGAAAUACAGACAUGAAAUUGAGCGCAAAUAAAAAUGUGUCAAAUAAAUAUGGCUGUCUUAUUUGAA